CAUACAGCUGCCGAGAUGGCAUCAUCGUCUAAGCAGACGCUGGACAUCAAGCUCGAGUUUGGCGGCGGCACCGAGCUCCUCCUGGCCCCACCUCGCAAUAAGAAGCAACGCAUCUCCCUCCCAGCACGCGCAGACCCCGCUACUCUCCAUAAGACGCUUCGCCAACAGCCAGUAGUCACUAUGCCGGCAGAUGAGGGCGCAGCCAACGGUGUGAGCUCGUCAUCAGCGAAGGAGGCGGGUCCGGCGGACAUGCGCUUCCUCGUGCAGUGGAUCCGCAAUCACCUCAUCGUAGAGCGCGAGGAGCUGUUCGUAAACACAGAUGGGGAGGGAGUACGGCCGGGCAUUCUCGUUCUCAUCAAUGACGCCGAUUGGGAACUCGAGGGCGAGCUCGACUACGAGCUGCAGGAUGGCGACGAGGUCUGCUUCAUCUCUACGCUUCACGGUGGCUGAUCGCAGCACAUACAUCAUGACAAUCGCUGAUAAUAUAACUUUCUGAAAGAGUCCACGACAUGCGAUUGUCCGACUUCUACUCGUCAUUCUCGCUCUGCUCGUCCUCAUCUUCCUCCAUCGCAUCAUCACCGUCCUCCUCGUCUCCGCCCUUCGCCCUCUUGACCUCCUCAACGAACUUUCUCGCCCUCUCCAGCACCGCC